ACAACGGAGGUGAGAUGGCCCAUCCUAAACCCAUGACUCCCCCCACUCCCAACAACCCUGUCCCUGGUGCAGGCGGGAUUCCAUCGCAAGUCGCCGCUAUAAGCCAACAACCAGGCGGAGACCUUAGCAACUAACCAGUUGUCGAUCGGAUUUUGGUGUUGGAAUAAGAAACCUUUACAUUAUUCUGUCUCUUUCUCUUACGAAUUUUCCCUAUGACGAUGUCCCCUGUGUGAGUCUUCUGACCAUUCCACUUAAAUCAAAGAAUCCCACACCUCUUCAAUUGAUCUUUAUCGCUUAAUUAUCGGGUUCCUUCCUUUUAUAUCUUCCUUUUCACUCCUCUUUUGGUCUACACUUGUUGCAGUGGAAGCUGCCCUUCGUUCUUUUUUCAAAAAUUCAGUCUAUAAAUUUCGUUUAUGGGUUACAAAUUUUCUGAGUUCUGAAUCGAGAAAAUGGCACAAGGCUAUGGAGUUGAGCUAUACUUCGACCCUGCACUGGAAAAUCAGGUCUUGAAGGCUUGGAACGUCCUUGCUCGUCGCCAGAUCAGUACCCAGCUUAUUGAGAUGGAAUCUCGGCCACAAAUUACUCUUUUCUCUAGCCCUACCCUCGAUCCUCCAAAACUGGAAAAUGUUAUGAAGAACUUUGCUUCGAAGCAAGAACCGUUGCCUUUGUCAUUUUCUUCCAUUGCAAGUUUCCCCAGUGAGAACAAUGUUCUCUUCCUUGCUCCAACACCUUCUUUUUCUCUCCUUCAAUUCCACUCACAACUGUGCGACGUACUGAAGAAGGAGGGCAUUGAAAUCGGUGAGGAGUACAGCCCAGACUCUUGGGUUCCUCACUGCUCAGUUGCACAACAAGUUCCAAAAAAUCGGAUGGCCGAGGCUUUUGCUGUGUUGCGGGACUUGAAAUUACCUGUUACUGGGUAUGCAAUGGACAUUGGGUUGGUAGAGUUUUCGCCAGUUCGUGAGCUCUACUCAUUUCCCCUUGGAAAUGCGUCGGAUGCAUGAGGUACCAGAUGGGAUUUUCUUCAUUUUUUUUUUAUUUCCUUUUUCUUUGCUUCUCAGUUUCUUUGAGCUCCAGACUCUAGUUGGUUACAUGUAAAAUGAGGAAAACGGCUGACUUCCUGAAAUUGCUAUUUACGAAAUUUAGUGGCAUGCACAAUGGCUGUGGAAAACGAACAUUUUUUGAAAGUAUGUAGGAAUUUUAGGAAAAUAGUAUUUUUUUUAA